AUGAAUGUUCAUAGCAAUGUAAAACUUCACAAAUGUUACAUCUGUGAGAUGAUAUGGUCUACAAAAAAAAAUUUAUACCGACAUAAAUUAAUUCAUACAGGAGAAAAGCCUUAUGGGUGUGAUUUGUGUAAGAUGACAUUCAACCAUAAAUCUUAUUUAAUAUCUCAUUUAAGAAAUCAUACAGGAGAAAAGCCUUAUGAAUGUAAAUUGUGUAAAAAGAAAUUUAAACAUAAUACUUCUUUAAAAAUUCAUUUAAAACUUCAUACUGGAGAAAAACCAUAUAAAUGUGGAGAGUGUAAAGAGACAUUUAGUCAUUUAAAAACUUUAAAGCACCACAAAAGAACUCAUACAGGGAAAAACCCUUAUGAAUGUGUUUUGUGUCAUAAGAUAUUUACUCGUAGAUCUAGUUUAAUUGUCCAUUUAAGAAUUCACACUGGAGAAAAGCCUUUUAAAUGUGGAGAAUGUAAAAAGUCAUUUACUCGCUUAUACACUUUAAAGAACCAUAAAAGAAGUCAUGUGGGAAUAUAUUCAUAUAAAUGUGAUAUUUGUAUAUCUGUAAGAAGACAUUUUUUUAAAAAAAAAAUUGUAAAGUUCCACGAAAGCACUCAUAUUGAAAAAAAGCCUUAA